AUGUCGGUGUGUUCAAAAACACUCUUCUCUGAGGUCAGCCACUACUUCCUCCCUGCUGACAGUGACCAGGUGACUUCAGCCAUCAGCAGCCGGCCCCCAAACACCAAAGAGCCCUUCGCCCAGAGGAAGCUGCCAGGGCCUCAGGACUACCAGGGCAGGGAGAAGCAGGAGCUGACUCCAGGUCAGACAUACAGGUUCAGAGUUGCAGGCAUCAACUGCUUUGACCAGGGAGAUUUCAGCCCAGUCAGUGAGUUCAAGACCUGUCAACCUGGUUUCCCUGGAGCGCCCUCUGCUGUCAAGAUUACCAAGGCUAAUGAUUCAGUCCACAUCACAUGGGAGGCUCCACCCUCUCCAUCAGGCCGGAUCCUGGAGUAUUCCAUGUACAUGGCAGUGGAGAAAAGCCGCUCCACCACCUCGGAGCGUCCGGGUCAGAUGGCCUUCAUCAGGAUUUACCGUGGUACCAAGAUGUCCUGCUCGGUCAGCUCCACCCACCUGGACAAUGCCCACAUUGACUGCUCUGCCUCCAACCGGCCAGCCGUCGUCUUCCGCAUCGCGCCAAGAACGAACAGGGCUACGGCCCCAGCGACGCAGAUCCGCUGGAUUCAAGAUCCCAGUAAAUUGCGAACAUCUGCUUCCAAAGCAGACAGCAGUGCUGAGGCUGACCAGGAUGCUGCUGACAGCUCCAGCUGA